AAACAUCGCGCUGACAUAAUCAUUUCAAAUAGUGAAACAUAUUAAAACAAAUUGACAUUUUAGAAUGUGACCAACAACUGGCCUACUUUAUCGGUUUACCACGAAUUCAUCAUCCAUCGAUUUUGUCAGUCGGAUGCAUUUUUAUUGAAGCGAAAAAGAGUGACACUUUACCAAAUUCAUGAAUUUGUGUACGAAAAAAAGCCGCAAAACAUUCAUUGUUUUCAUGAGGAGAGAAAAAAAAAUUGUGAUACAGCAUUACAACGCAUCGGCUUCACUUGAUGCUCGUGUAAACGAUUCGUAACACAAAUGGAAAACAAACAUGGCGACACCUUCGCUUUAAUGUAUGGAUGUACUUGCUUGUGUUGUGAUGUUGUCAAUGCGUCCGAUUUGACAAUUGAUAUUAACCUCAUACAAAUAACAACAGUAGCAGUUACAUUGCGUUGUGUUUUUGUCUGCAAAGGGCUAAAACACUUGAUUUUAGACUAAUUAUAACUUAAACGAUUGACAAUUUGAUACAUAUGCUGAAUGAAUGAACAAAUUCCGAAUUCAAAUACCGUACGAAGAGAAUAACCCUUUAACAAAUUCCUUUUUCAUUCAAUUAAUUGAAAGAGUUGGAGAUCUCCCAUCAUCAGUUCCAAUAUUUUUUUAAUUUUAUCAAUGAAAAUCGAACGAUUUAUAGCGACUUGAUAAAUCUUUUUAUCUUUGAAAUUAUAUUAUGCGACAUCAGCAUUUACUAUGAUAUAAACAUAGAUUGUACUAUUACUAAAUAUGAAGUCUUUGCUUUGUUUAUUCAAAUAAAGCAUAAACGGAUCGAUGUAAUGUUUUUCUGUUUGGUUCAAUUUAUGGGCAAGAUUGAUUAAAGAAAGAGAAUGUUUUUUUUUCGAUUUAUGUUUUUCAAAACGAGACAACAUUCUUCUGAUGAUUCUGAUUUGUUUACAUGCCAUGGUUUGUAGCAAUUUUCCGCCUAACAGCACCACAAAUAAGUGGUGUCCGAUUUAAACAUAGUCGAAUACUCGAUGAACGUGUGAACCAAUGAUGAUACAAACGAAUAGAUAGAAGAAACGGUGAAAUGUCAUCGGUUCGCUUGUGAAUACGUGCGCGUGCCUGUAUGUGUGUGUAGUGUGAGAUACUGUCAAUCCAGCAGCGGGGUUUGACAGUUUGGUCACGAAACACAAUAGUAAAUAUAUCCUCACAAAAAUCAUAAUAAUCACAACCACAACGAUAGCAGAGUAGAGCAGCGAAAACAGCAGCAUAACUGGAUGGCAUAGGCACUUGCUGAAUCGCAGGAAAAAUCAAUACGUUUUGAUAUAUACAAAACGUUUCGCACACGACAGGAGUAGUACGACGUGAAUUGUGUGUGUUACAACAAACAGAAGAAGUGAAGAAGAGAAGAAAAAAAAACACACCGACCGAAGCACGAAAGAAAAUUUUCGCUUUGACUAAAUUCGGUUUCUGACACAUUUUUUUUUCUCUGGAAAAUUGUGCAUUUCAAGCGAAAUUACAAUACUGUCCAUUACUUGCUGUUCUUCUGUUUAUCUUCUCCCGAAUACUACAAAAUACCCUGAUUUAUACCUGAUUUACGUUGAUUUGCACCUUUUAUGUAUGGCUAUAUUCGAAAGAAAAAUCAAACAAAAAUCAACAUUAGAUGAUACACAAAGUUUGAUAUGUACCAUUGAAACAGCGCAAAAGGUCAACGGACACACGGAAUAUGUGCUUCGAGUGCAAAGAGGUGUUUCGAAAGAGAAUACAUGGCGCGUUCUAAGAAGAUACAAUGAGUUUGUGGCAUUACAUAAAGAACUACAAAUCUCCGGUAUUGAGCUACCGUUGCCUGGAAAGAAAAUUGUUGGUAAUAUGCGCCCAGAGUUCAUAGCUGAACGACGAUUGGCAUUGCAAAAUUAUAUAAACAUUGUACUAAUGAAUCCAAUACUGGCAUCAUCGCUUCCGGCAAAGAAAUUUGUGGAUCCGGAAAGUUAUAAUCAAUCAUUCCAUGAUAUCGCCGUCCAAAAUGCGGCAUUGUGUUUGCGCACCGAAGGUGCCUAUACGUUGGGCAAAACGCUCGGUUUGAUCGGAUGGCGCAUUCGCAAGCAUUAUUUUAAAGUGACCACAAAAGCGAAUGCCAGCGGUGCAACGGCUCAAUCAAGUGGCAGUAGCAGCGGUGGCAGUCAUUCAAGUAAACAUAUCCUGACCAAAUCCAGUUCACAAUCGCAUUCGAAGCUAUUGUCAACGGCGGCGAGUCUAUCGCUAGAAUCACAGCCCAAAUGUUUGGAGGGUGUGGAAUUUUUAACGAUGGCCUGGAGCGAAUACGGCCCAGACAAAUACAUCGACGAAAAAGAGAUUCACAGCACACUAAAAAGUUUGACCACCAUUCAACAUCCAUUCAUCAUGCCAAUCGAAUAUGUGGCAAGUAACGAUAGUGGUGCUUUAUUCAUACGUAAUUUCUAUACAAAGGGAAGCCUAAAGGAUUUGCUCUAUGGGACAUCGCCGAAGAAUCCGUUUCUACAAAAGUAUGGCAACCCAAUUGGACGCGGCCGGGGACCAAUGGCAAUCAAAGAUAUUGCCAUCUAUGGCCGACAAAUUUUGGAAGCGCUUCAAUUUCUACAUUCCAAAGGAUUACCUUGUGGUCACAUACAUGCGGGCAAUGUGAUAAUUGUUGAUGGGGUUGCGCGUUUGGUUGACAUUGAGAAUUUCAUUCUUGGCGUGGCUUCGUUUUAUCGUCCAUUUUUCAUGCAACACAGCAAAAUUAACACCUAUGAAUUGAUCGAUGUGUAUAGCUUUGCUCAUCUAUUGUACGAGCUUACAUUUGGGUAUCCACUGCAAGAGUCUAUCAUUCGCCAUCCCAUUGAAUGUCCAUCGGAAACGCUGAAAGACUUACUGGAAUCAAUCCUAUCGAAGGAUGCAUGCAAAGUGGGCUUGCCAAGUUUGGAGCGUCUGAUUCAUCAUCCAUUCUGGCAGGAAUACGUACCGAAAUUCCACGAGCAAUACAUGAGCGGAAGUGAUGCCACAAAACACAACCUUAAAUUAACGAAUAACGCCAAAGAACAGAUCAAAAUUGCCGCACAAAAAACGGAACAACGUCUUCGUGAUGAACAAAAAUCUGUGAAAAAUCAAAAACGUCUAGUCAGAGUUCAAGAGCUUAUGAGUUCCGAAGAGGAGAAAAAGAAAAUCAAACAUCAAAAAGCUAAAGCCGAGCAAAAACAAUCAAAACUGCGACAACAAAAUUCACUACAACUAGAUGCGUUACAAUUGAAUUCGGUGCCAAAUCCUACGCCAACUGUUAUGCCACGAUCUGACAGUUCUGUGUCCGUCGUUCAUACGGGUAAUAUAAGUAGUACAGUAACACCAGCUGCAUCUACCUCGAUGUCGAAUGUAACGGAAUCGUCGAGCGGACAAGAAAGUGUUGGCGAAAAUCGUACUUUGCUACUUGAUUCAAUUUGUAAUUUUGAUAAAUCGGCACUAAGAAAGCUAGCUUAAAAACACAAAACACGGACACGGACAUUUUCAACUCGCUAAAUGUUCCGCUAAAUUCAUUCGAAAUACAAAAAAAAAACAAAAAUCCAUAGAAUUUGAAUUGUUAUCGAUCGAUGGUGUAUCGUAAAUGCUACAAUAUGCACAAUACGCAGAUAAAACAAAUAAAAUAUGAAGAAACAAAUAUUUAAUGAGAAACUAAACACAGAGAGAUAAACUUAAAUUCAAACCAAAAUAACGUUUAAUCGUCAAUAUCAAUGUGAAACAUUUUAGAAUUUAUAUCAUAUACACAGACAAAAUAAUGAUUAAAUUAUACAGUCAAAUAUACAAUUCUAUUAUAUACUUAACAAAUAAAAGAAUUCAAAAUACACACAUAUAUAUAUAUUAGAUAUAUAUUUAAUACCAAUUAAGAUUAUGAAUGUUUUGUGAAAGCUCACGAAUUAAGAAUUAUGUCAAGCAUUUCAUCUUUUUUUAAUAGUGCUAAUGGAAAAUGAUGUGCCAAAGCACAAUAAAAAUGGAAAUAUCGACGAAAAAUAGAUUCCGUAGCCAUAACAUAAAUGUGUUAAAUGUAAACAAAAAAGCUCAAUGUUGAAGAAGAAAGAAAAAAAACUCAAGAAAAAACCAAGACCAAAAAAACUUAUUGUGUCUAAUAUAUUUGUAAUAAAUGUACACCAGUAUUAAAUGUUGAAA